AUGAAAAAGGUAAGGCUUUUACAAGCCGUAACUCAAGCCAGUCUAGUUCAGCGAAUUCGUGAAGAGCAGCCUAAGGAUGAAAACCUGAAGAAGAUUGUUGAAAAAUUAAGGAGUUUAGACGGACCGAAUGCUAGUGGUUAUCACUUAGCAGACGACGACACUUUACUUCUUAAUGGGAGAAUCACGGUACCUGACCGGACGAGACUGCGACAGGAGAUCCUAACAGCAGCCCACAGCUCAGCAUUGAGCAUUCACCCUGGUAGUACCAAGAUGUACAAGGACGUGCGCAUGUAUUACUAUUGGCCUGGAUUGAAGCGAGCAGUAGCAGAUUGGGAUUACCGACAAGAAAAAGGGCGAGUUAACGACACAAUAUGGGUAGUGGUCGAUCGUUUGACAAAGGUUGCCCACUUAGUCCCAGUGAAGAAAGUAGGAGAAAGUACGAGUUUCAACCACAAGCUGAUUUAUGAGACAACAAGGAAGAUCAAGUUCAUACGAGAGAGUAUGAAGAAGGCACAAGACCGCCAGAAGAAGUAUGCAGAUCGUAAAAGGCGAGAAGUAGAAUUUGAAGUUGGAGAUAUGGGGUAUUUGAAGGUUGCACCUCAGAAAGGGAAGGACCGGUUCGGUAAGGUUGGAAAACUAGCAGUGAGAUUCAUCAGACCAUACCGGAUCGAGAAGAGAGUUGGAGAGCGCGUUCCUAAUCCUAACAUGAUUGUACCUGAACCUAUUGAGGAAUUGGAGACGAAUCUCACUUACCCUGAAGGACCGUUUGGGAUCGGAGAGCGAAGUAUGCAGAAGCUGAAGAACAGGAGCAUUCCUUAA